GCGUACGGUGUCACAAAUCGUAUGAUCAGCUCCUGAUUGAUGAUGGUUGAUGAGAUUUUUGAUAGGGCUGGACUGAUAGUUGUUGAUACCUAUAUAUUGUAUGACUCCUCGCGGUAUAGCGGAUGUUAUCUCCGCGUGCCGCUCGGCGGUUUGAUGGAAAAUAUUAUUUAAUUGUGGCCGAGGAUAAAGUGAUGUACAGCGAAAAUAGACGAUUCAUAGCGACAAUUGAAGAGAUAGAUGAGACGACUUAACGUUUGAUCUAAGCUCCGGUUUGAUUGUCAACGCGGAAUUUUUGGAUUUUCUGCCAGGAACGCGCACGUGGAAGUUAUUUGAAUUAAAAUGGAAAAAGCUGCAAAACUUAAAUUGGUCAGAGACUCAGUCACAAACUAUCCAGAUUUUCCAAAACCAGGAAUUUUGUUCAGAGAUAUUUUUGGAAUUUUCAAAAAUGUAGCAGCCACAAAAGCCAUGAAAGAUUUAAUGGUAGAGCAUGUGGCUCUGCUGGAUAUUGAUUUUGUUGUUGGUCUGGAUUCAAGAGGUUUUCUCCUGGGGCCGGUGAUCAGCUUGGAAUUGGCAAAACCAUUUGUGCCAAUCAGAAAGAAAGGAAAGCUCCCGGGUAAAGUUUUUCAACAAAGCUAUACCCUGGAGUAUGGAGAGGAUGUUUUUGAAAUCCAAGCUGAUUCCGUGCAAGGAAAUAAGAAAGCACUGAUUGUGGAUGACUUGUUAGCUACUGGAGGAUCCAUGUCAGCUGCAGAAAACCUGUUGAAAAAAGCUGGAGUGACAGUAGUGGAGUGCCUAGUCAUAAUGGAAUUAAAGUCUUUGAAUGGCCGUGCCAAAAUUGAAGCCCCUAUACAUGCCUUGUUGCAGUAUGAUUAAAAAAAAGUUACCUGUUUAAUACAUCCAUAACAUCGACUUAUGGCGUGAAAUUUCAUACGAAUUUUCAAAGAUCUAUAUUUUUUUAUUAAAUUUGUAUAUAAAUAUUAUAAAAAUAGGAUUUUUACAAUACACUGGUUAUUUAAUACAAAAAACUUAAUACGACUAGAUUAUUUUUGAUUAAUUAUGUACAAAAUAGUUUAAAUAAUUACUUAAGCCUAGAUCGUGCCCUGUGAGUGUGCAGUGUCGCGAGUAAAUUUUGAACUUCGAAUUCCAAUCUGUCAACUUGUUCUUGCAGAAGUCUGCAGUUCUUCCGCUUGCUUUUUCUACGUUUCCUGU